CAGUCUUUUGGGAGUAGCCUAAACGAAGAGCCGACAGCGCUUUCCUUUACAAUUAAACUGAAAACUUAACUUCUCCAUUGCGGACUCGACUUUUAAACAUAACAGAAUGAACAUCACGCAUUGGGUGGCUUGUGGACUUAUGAUGACUCUACUUUCAGUCAACAUAGAGGCAAAACCCUUAACACUAACACAGGAGAAGUCCCUCAGAGCACUGUUGGGGGAAGAAUUGGCGGACUUUCUGGCUUCAGGUGAACGUGAGCGAAUGAUUGAGAAUAGAGCACGCCUGCUACGUGAUCUCCGAAUGGAUACCCGCGCCAAGGGUGUCUGGGCACGCAUCAUGAGUGACCAGCCAGGUUCAAGAAGACUCAAAUCAGGAUCAAAGAAAGGAGGGACCACAACCAGAAGUGGCUGCUUUGGACACAAGAUGGAUAGAAUAGGCACCAUUAGUGGCAUGGGCUGUCAACCAGCCCAUUAUCCUUCUGUAAACAAUCUCUCAUGAUUAUUUCAAGAAGAUCAUUGGGUUUUGGACAAUGCUGACUUUGUUACUCCUCUUUAGAGGAGACUCCUGAAAAGGGGUGGAUUAUUGGUACAGAAGCCACCACGACUUGAGAUGUGGACAAAUUUCAGUAAAUACAAGAAAACAUACAAUAUAUGACAUAAAUGACAGCAUACUACAGAAGAUGGCGGACAAUGGUGUAAAAAAAAUUGCAAAGCUGUAUAUUGUCGCUGCUGCUGUACUUUCAUGUACUUCAUUCCUGCAUAAAUGUAUUUAUGUUUAAAAACUAUUUAUAUGUUUAUAAAAAGAGAUAUUUAUAAAUAUGAGUUUUAUUUAUGUAACAUUUUGAAAUGAAUGCAAACGGCAGGUCAAUUCUGUUUGUAGCUUUUUUUUGUCUCAAAUAGUUGUAAAUGUUUUAAAAAUGAUUA